AGACAUAAAUGAGGUUGUACGAGUAAAUUCCAAGUACUUUUUUGCACGUGAUUUAAUUUUCGUUUAAGGAUCGUAAUAUACCGACCAGAACUCCAUUGCAUCUACAAUUCAUUCUGUCAUCUUAAUUACGUGCUACAGUAGACUUUUAUAUUUCGUCUUCUACCCUCAACGGAGGAGGAUCUGUUAAGAGAAUUAACGAUCCAUUUUAACCAUCAUCAUCUAUCAUCGGUAUCGAGACAUCGCCUUUUGUCAGUUGAUUGAACAGAAGAUUUGUAACGUCGUCCAUCCCUCCUCUCUUUAAACACCAAUAUCAUUAGUUAAAAGUAAGUAUUCUCUCACCUAAUAUCAAGAAUUAGUUUAAUUAUGAUCUAAUUUAUAAGAGGACUGAAAAAAAAUGUCCGUCCCUCCCUCCUUCCACGAAUAGUAACUUCGAAAUUAGUACUUAAUAGUGAAUAGAAAAUGAGAUAGUUAUGGCCGCUCACUGAUUACAAAAACUUCUUUGAGUGUUCUUCAAGGGUCAUCAUUAAUUUAACAACAGAAGGUUAAGUUAUAUGAAAAGGUAUUCCUCCUAUUAUAAAUACCUUUAACCGUGUCAAAUGAAGUCUUAGUGAAUUUAGUAAUAUCAUACUUAAGAAAGUAUAAUGUGAAUGUAUAAUUAUCCAAUAAAUUCCUAUUAAAUUAUCUUCAAUAUCAGGUGUGGUAGCUUAGAGUCCAUACGAUUAGCAAAGAGCUUAAUCGUAUGGACUCGUGUGAUAUAUUCGAUUAUAUAGAGCAUAUUUUUAUGAAAAAUAAUGAAAAAUUAGCGAGUUUCUACGAGAAAAUGAAAACAAAAGCUAAAAUUAACCAUAUAUUGAAUCAGAAAGAGUUAAAAGGAAAGGUCAUUGAAGACUUUCUAUAAAUGCAUAUUUUUGAAGACAAACUUUCCUCAAAGUUUUUCAGACAAAAUAAAGGAAAUUUCGAAAGUUCCGCAAUAUGAAUUCUUUUCAGCAAUUUACCACAUCAUAACAUAAAUUUUUAAAUUGCAGCAAACCGUCCCUUGUCGUUUACUUGUAGAAACAAUGCCAACCACGUGAUCGACUGACGUAAAAUAAUAAUCCAUUCUAUUGUAUUACUCGCAUUUUGUCGGGGGCUUUGUCAUUUGUCUGGAAAAUGUCCGAACGAGAUCACGUCGGUCGCUUCUGCGUGGCAGAUUACGUGGUAUUCGCAUUCAUGUUGGCAGUAUCGGCAGCCAUUGGUAUCUACUACGCUUGCACCGGUCAGAAACAGAAGACAACCAACGAGUUCCUCCUAGGAAGCAAGAACAUGAGCAUCUUUCCUGUGGCCAUGUCCAUCUUGGCCAGUUUUCUCUCGGCCAUCACUCUCUUGGGACUACCAGCGGAGAUGUACCAGUAUGGCACACUCUAUACCAUGAUCGGGAUUUCAGUCUUCCUCAUGGUCCCGGCUGCUGCUCAUUUGUAUCUUCCAGUUUUCUACAAUCUCAAAUUAACCAGCGCUUACGAGUACCUAGAAUUAAGAUUUAACAAGUAUAUCAGAAGCGUGGCUUCUGCCGUCUUCGCCUUUCAAAUGAUGAUUUACAUGGCCAUAGUACUUUACGCCCCUUCUCUAGCUCUGUCUCAAGUUACAGGUAUUGGUCUCUGGUUCGCUGUCUUGUCGACGGGUAUUGUUUGCACAUUUUACACCACAAUCGGAGGAAUGAAAGCUGUAGUUUGGACCGAUCUGGUUCAAGUUUUCAUGAUGUUCAUUUCCAUGUUUACCGUAGUAGCCAAAGGUGCCAAUGACGUGGGAGGUAUGAGACAAGUUUGGGAGACCAGCGUAAACGGAAAGAGGAUCGAGUUUUUUAAUUUCGACACAGAUAUCGGACAAAGACAUACAUUUUGGAAUCUUCUAGUCGGAGGAUACUUCAUGUGGUUAUCGACAUAUGGAGUCAAUCAAGCUAUGGUACAGCGAUACCUCAGUCUACCUUCUCUCAAAGCUGCUCAGAAAACUGUCUGGAUCAAUUUACCUGCUUUGACACUGCUGCUAACUUUGUGUGGUCUUUCUGGUCUGAUUGUAUACACAAAAUAUCACGACUGCGAUCCGAUAUUAACGAAACAAGUUCAAGCACCCGAUCAGUUGUUCCCCCUCUUCGUUAUGGAUACUCUAGGAAAUUUUCCAGGAUUGCCCGGUCUCUUUGUUUCUGGAAUUUUUAGUGGUGCUCUUAGCACUGUUUCUUCAGGAGUUAAUUCUUUAGCAGCGGUUACUCUGGAAGAUUUCAUAAAAGCUUACUUCAAAUUCGAUUUAACGGAGAGUAAAGCGACUAAACUCACCAAAAUAUUAGCUCUGGUAUACGGUAUAGUGGCCAUUUUGUUAGUUAUAGUGGCUCAAUACAUGGGAAAUGUACUUCAGGCUACUUUGAGUCUUUUUGGCAUGAUUGGUGGACCUCUACUAGGUUUGUUCACUUUAGGAAUGUUUUUCCCAUGGUCUAACAGCACGGGAGCAGCUACUGGAUUAAUAAGUGGAUUAGCUGUUUCUUUCUGGAUUGGGAUUGGAGUGUUUAUAUACAAACCUUACUUUCCCAAGGCUCCUGUAUCGAUACAAGGGUGUUCAGAAGCUCUACUCAACGUCACUACUAUCAUUCGCAACAAUACAACAACUGUGCGCACAAACCAAGAUAUAUUCCCUCUGUAUAGAGUGUCAUACGUUUGGUACAGCGUCAUAGGGUGUCUCUGGUGUACUAUAGUAGGAUUAAUAGUCAGUUUUUGUACAGGUGCGAAGAAACCCGAAGACGUAUCUUGUAAACUUCUUUCUCCACCUAUUGUCGACCUUUACAAGUUCCUACCUCUUCCAAUAAGACCGAAAUUUCAACAAAAAUAUCUACAGCUACGCUUCAAUCGAAUACUGAGAUCUAUAGCAUCUACCAUAUUUUCCCUAAACAUGCUGAUGUAUAUGGCGAUUGUCCUCUACGCUCCAUCCUUGGCUCUCUCCCAAGUUACUGGAAUUGGUCUGUGGUUCGCAGUGUUAUCCACUGGUCUAGUAUGCACCUUCUACACAACAAUAGGUGGACUGAAAGCUGUGGUAUGGACCGACCUGUUUCAGGUGAUAAUGAUGUACUGUUCUAUGAUAGCCGUUGUUGCAAAGGGUGCAACCGAUAUCGGUGGGAUGAGGCACGUCUUCAAAGUUAGUGCCGAUUCGGGAAGAAUAGAGCUAUUCAAUUUCGAUACAGACGUCACCACACGUCACACUGUAUGGAACUUAGCCAUCGGAGGAUAUUUUAUGUGGGUUACCACUUACGGAUGCAAUCAAGCUAUGAUCCAGCGUUAUGUGGCACUGCCCUCCCUCAAGGCUGCUCAGAAGACGAUCUGGAUCAAUUUACCUGGAUUAGCUCUGCUGACGUCAUUAGCCUGUCUUGCCGGGUUGGUUAUCUAUGGCAAAUAUCAUGGAUGCGAUCCUAUGAUGGUGAAAAGGGUCUCCGCUCCGGAUCAGUUAUUUCCCUUAUUUGUCAUGGAGAUAUUAGGAGAUUUUCCCGGAAUUCCCGGACUCUUCGUAUCCGGGGUCUUCAGUGGAGCGCUUAGCACAGUUUCCUCGGGUGUUAAUUCCUUGGCGGCCAUCACUUUAGAGGAUCUGAUCAAAACUUACAUUAAACCCGACUUGUCUGAAAUUUCGGCAACGAGACUUUCGAAAAUUCUAGCUUUCUUGUAUGGAAUUGUAGCCAUUCUUUUGGUUCUUGUGGCACGCCAAAUGGGAAACAUACUGAGUGCUGCCAUUAGUAUUUUUGGUAUGGUCGGAGGUCCUAUGUUAUCCAUGUUCACAAUGGGAAUGUUCUUUCCUUGGAUCAAUUCGACGGGCGCAUUAGCAGGUGUGUUGGCCGGUUUGGGCAUUUCCUUUUGGAUGGGCAUAGGCGCUUUCAUUUACAAACCUUACUUUGAAAAGUUACCCGUUUCUGUGCAAGAUUGUCUACCUCUAUACUUGAACAUUACUUCACAAUCAAACUUCACUCAGCCAACCAGAUCAACGAUAAACCAAGACAUCUUCCCACUGUACAGAGUGUCAUACAUGUGGUACAGCGUUAUCGGAUGUAUAGUAGCAGUAAUAGUAGGGAUUUUAGUAAGUUUCCUCACAGGGUACACAAAAGCAAAGGACUUGGACGUCAAUUUAUUGUCGCCCGUUGUCAGAGAUAUAUUUUCUUCUCUACCUCGUUCAGUCAGGAAGAAAUUGGGGAUGGAGCGCUUCAAGAACGAAAUUGUACCAGGUAAAGACCUUCAGGCAGAAGGAAUCCAUAAUCGAGCCUUCGAAGACAGUAUGGAGCUUUCCUCCAGGGAGAAGUCACCUAACGGGAAUGUAGAGUGACUUUUAUUAUGUUUAUAGAGUUUUUAUGUA